AUGAGUAAGACAGCAUUAAGGAAAAAAAAUACACCACGUUGUGGGAUUUUCUCUUUUCUUGCACCACAUUAAAACCCUCAUCAAAUUCCUUGAAAAACACCUCAAACUCGCUUUUGUUUAUGUCAAACAGAACCAAAAAGCCCUAUUAAAAAGCCGCCCUUCUCUUUCAUUCCUCUGUUCUUGUCGUUUUGGCUGCAUCAUUUGAACGUGAAAGGCAUUUAAAAAAAAGAAAACCCAAGAAAAACAACCCUCCUCUCUAUGUAACAUUGGUGGAGACAAUAUAUAUUUAUUUAUGUAUGGGUAUGGUAUAACUAAUGUAUAGACGUGUUCAUCCGCUUAGUUUAAACUCAUCCAGUUUAUGCACUCUCACUCCCUCUUGAAUAUUUAAUGAUUUGGUAUUUCUUUGUUUCUUGAAUCUUCUUUCGCUCCCUGAGGAAAAUAGACUGCUUUUUUUUUUUUUUUGUGUGUGUGUGUGUGUGUUCAUUGAUCCGUUCUGACCGUUUUUCUGGCGAAUCUCGAGGAUUUUGAGGUGUGGGCGAAGAACCCAUUUGUUCAGAGGCGGGAUUUUUGCAUCGAAGUUCUGCAGAUUCGUCAUCAUGGCAGCGGAAACUUCAUGGGUUAGUCAUUGCUUUGAAAACUUUGCAAGUGGCAGCGUAGACUUUGAUUCAUUCUCGGACCUUAAUGACGAAACUGAUAAAGAAGCUGCUGCAGUUUCAAUGGAUUUAAUUUUGCCUGAUGAUCUUUUGGAACGUAUAUUAUCCUAUCUUCCCAUUGCUAGCAUUUUUAGGGCAAGUUCCGUGUGUAAAAGAUGGCAUGAGAUAGUGAAAUCAGAAAGGUUUCUAUGGAAUAGUUCUCAUGUAUCAUCACAGAAGCCUUGGUACUUUAUGUUCACGAGUUCUGAUGAACCAGUUGGUUAUGCAUAUGAUCCUGUCCUUAGAAAGUGGUAUGGGAUUGACCUCCCAUGCAUUGAGACAUCCAAUUGGUUCAUUGCUUCAUCGUCUGGGUUAGUUUGCUUUAUGGACAAUGAUAGCAGGAGUGAGUUGUAUGUUUGCAACCCAAUAACCAAAUGUUGCAAGGGACUUCAUGAGCCUCCUGGCCCAAAAUUUUCUGAUUACAGUGCAUUGGCCGUCUCAGUAAAUAGGGCAACCCACAGUUACAAUGUCUCGAUUGUUAAAUCUAAGCAGGUUCCUGGGAACUUCUUUCAGUGGGAUCUCUCCAUCCAUCUGUAUGAUUCGGAAACAACGACAUGGGUUACGACUUUGACGGAGGUUUUAACAGGGUGGAGAGCUGGUGAUGAGAGUGUGGUUUGUAAUGGGGUAUUAUACUUCCUAAUUUACUCGGCGGGAGGUGGUGCUCGUGACAACCGUCACGGGCUUAUUAUGUAUAACCUCAGAAACCGUUCACCUCAUGGCGUAUUGAUGAGGAGUUUCAUUCCAGUGCCUUGUUCUCUUACAUGUGGCCGUCUGAUGAACCUGAAGGAAAAGCUUAUAAUGGUUGGAGGCAUUGGGAAACAUGAGCGGCCCGACAUCAUUAAGGGGAUUGGCAUUUGGCUUUUGAAGGGAAGAGAGUGGCAAGAGAUAGCCCGAAUGCCCCAUAAGUAUUUUCAAGGUUUUGGUGAGUUUGAUGAUGUUUUUGCCAGCAGUGGUACAGAUGACCUCAUAUACAUUCAGAGUUAUGGAGCACCUGCUCUUCUUGUUUUUGAUGUCAAUCAGAAGCAAUGGAAGUGGUCCCAGAAAUGCCCUGUGACAAAGAGGUUUCCCCUUCAGCUCUUUACUGGUUUUUGCUUUGAACCAAGGCUGGAAAUUGCACCCUAGUUUCAUUUCACAUUGAAUUUAAUCUGGUCUUUUGCUGCAAAGCUCUUGAUGUCUUAGAUGAUAAAAUGUUUCACAAUUUCAAGUUUUUGUUCAAUUAUGUUGAUUGAAAAAGUGUUGGCAAGGGGUUGUAGGUGAUGCAACAUCCGGUAGCCCUUCUCAU